AUGUUCCGCGAAGAAGACUCCAUCCGCGUCGAGCUCACCUACUCCCCACUCUCCAUUACCGCAAACACCAAUUUCGUCAAGAGCCCAAAAGCCGGCGCCGUAGUCAUGUUUGCAGGUUGCACCACGCGCGACUCAUUCAACGACCUACCCGUCAAGUCCCUAACAUACCAGUCCUACCCGCCCCUCGCGCUGCGAACGCUCUUCUCCAUCGCUUCGGAGGUCAAGGCCAAGCACGACCUCACGGCUAUAAGUAUAAUCCAUCGACUCGGUACCGUGCCUAUAGGGGAAGAAAGCAUCCUCAUCCUUGCAUCCUCCUCCCACCGCCACCCCGCCUUUGCCGGCGCAUCCGAGGCCCUCGAGCUUACGAAAGAAAAGGCAGAGGUGUGGAAACUUGAGGAGUUUGCAGGCGAGGGCAUGGAAGGGGUUUGGCGCGCGAACCGGGACGGGGUGAUGGGUGUGAAGAUGGAGAAGGGGGAUGGGGAGGAGGCUGUCUCGCAGGCGAAUACGGGGGGCGGUGGUGAAGACGUUAGAGGACGAGCUGAGGGGGCCAAGGCGGCUGAGAAGGCGGCGGAUGGAGAGGGUGCGGAUGUUAGUGUGGGGGAUUGA